GCCUUGGAUAUGCAUUCUAUCAACCAUCCUAUAAAAAUGAUGACAACGACUGAUUCUCAGACACAAUCCAGUCGUUGUUAUCAUAACAUCUAGAGUCCUUUACUUGUUCCGUUCUCAACUCCAUAGCCAAGAUGUGUGGGGGCUGGGCCUGUGCCUCAUAUGAUUUAGCCUGCAACAAUCCGCCUCUGUCUACAGUGCGAUUCACCGGCAGAGACCUAGUGCCCACACCUUGCGGGCCCUUCGACAAGUGUUGGGUGCGUGACACCAGUCGCCAGAACUCCAACAACUGCUAUGUGCCACACAACAUAGCUCCUCCCUGUCCCCCAGAGCAGGGAGGACCGAAAAAGGAACCGCAAAUAUCCGAGUGCAAGUGAAGGACUCGAGAAAUAAUAAAUUUACGUAUCCAUAGCCCAAACAUUAUGAAAUAAAUUUCCAAGUACA